GUAACUCUUAAAAAAAUGCUUAGGACAAAUUUAAAGAUUUAGCGAAUUUUGUAGAAUUAUGAGGUACAUGGACUUGGUCAAUGAUAACGACUUUAUGUGUGAGUGGUUACCUAGCCGUUGGGCUAUAGCUACCGAACACCAUUACGUGGCCUUUUGGUAGAGAGAGGCUUUGGAUUCUUUUUCUUAACGGUAAGCAAAGCAAAAGCAACCCUCCAAUCCAAACAACACACCCAAUGCUUAACGCUACCGAACACAACUCUGAGUGUGACCCUUCGCCUAAGCUUGUUCCCUACUCUUUUCUCUUAUUUCAACACAUUAAAACCAAAACACACUCCAAUCAUUUCAAAAUAAUAACCGAAUAGUACUACCAAAAAUGCCCGUUGCCACGAAGCUCAACGCUUCUCGUGCUACUGAACCGCGAGCUAUUUUGAAACCAGGUGGAAACAGAGUAACGGUCUAUGAAGAACAUAAACGUAAGAAGGAGAACACGAAGAAAACACACGACCCAAGAAAGCAAGUGCCUAACAUUUCUGACUCCGUUGUCCAAAGUAACGUGUCUUUGGACAGCACAUGUUCCUCGGACUCAUUUUCCAGCGAUUCGUCGGUCAAAAAGGUCAACACUGUGAAUGCAAAUGAAAGUGCUAAGAUGAAACGCAACGGGUUUAAGCCGGUGAGGGUUGUGCCUGAUGGCGUCCACGUGUCUCCGCCUCAUAAGGCUUCAGAACCGUCCAAGAGAUGCGAUUGGAUCACGCCAAAUUCUGACCCUCUUUAUACCGCUUUCCAUGACGAAGAAUGGGGUGUUCCAGUUUACAAUGACGAUAGAAAGCUAUUUGAGCUUUUAGUAUUUUCACAGGCAUUAGCAGAACACACUUGGCCUGCAAUUCUUAACCACAGAGACAUAUUCAGGAAGCUUUUUGAAAAUUUUGAUCCAUCCUCAAUUGCACAGUUUACUGAGAAGAAGUUGCUAACACCAAAAAUAAACGGCAACCCUUUGUUAUCAGAACAAAAGCUCCGUGCCAUUGUGGAAAAUGCUAAACAAUUACUUAAGGUUCAACUGGAAUUUGGUUCAUUUAGCAACUACUGCUGGAAAUUUGUUAACCACAAGCCAAUAAGAAAUGAAUUUAGAUAUGGGCGUCAAGUACCUGUCAAGACACCAAAAGCAGAACUGAUUAGCAAGGAUAUGAUGCGCAGAGGUUUCCAAUGUGUUGGACCCAAAGUAGUUUAUUCCUUCAUGCAAGUAACGGGACUCGUUAAUGAUCACCUUUUAACAUGCUUCAGGUGCCAACAAUGCAAUGUGACAAUCAAAAACAAAAUUAACACUGAGGUUUAUGAGAAAAAGGUAUAGUGUAAAAUGUGACGUUGAAAAUGAUAUUCCAAGAAGUGGGGUCAAUUGUCUUAAUGAUUGUUGUAUAAUAUUAAAUAUUAAUGGUAUAUAUGUAUAUGUUUAUUCUUAAUCUGUUUGUAAUUGUAUGCCACCUAACCUAACCAGAAAAUGAUAGGUCUUAUCUUGUUUUUUGAUGGUCCCAUGUGAAGGUGUAUGUUUCUUUUGGGAUACAUGUUGAUAGGUUGUUGUUCUGGUCUGUUUCUCUCUGUUCUGUAAUAAAUUUCCAACGUUAUUAAUGCAUCCUCAUGUACAAUUGAUAAUG